CUCUGCAUUAGCAGGCAUCACUAGAACGUGAAAUCGAAUCCUAAACCUUCCAUUCUUCUAAAAACAACUCAAUUUCUGAUGCCUUCUUCGAAGAAGAAAAACUCGAAAUCGUCCUCCAGGCUUUCGCGGACAGAUUCUAACGCCUCUGGUUCUCCAUCUCCCUCCGUGCCUUCAUCACCUUACAGUCCUUCGCCGAUUUCGAACUUGAACCUGGUCUCGGAACUCUGUGAAGAUGAGCUCCAAAGUUACCUUGAAGAAGCUUCUAGAAAGUUCCCGUAUUUCAUAUCAACGGCAGCCUUCACUGGCCGCGUCUCUGAAGACACUUCCGGUGCUAAUGAACCGUGUUCUCCCGGAGCCGGAGGUUGUAAAAUUUGGCUCUCCGAAGCUUCCAUGGUCGCUUCUUCCAUUGCUCCCGGCUCCCUAGUUUCGGUGUCCCUUGCUUCCUCUAUGGGCUCACUCGGAAAUUUCCCUCUUAGUGCUUUGCCAAGUGAAUGCUCGAAGCACCUUGGGUUGGAAUUCAUGGAGCAAUUGUCUGAUGAAGCAGGGAGCUAUUUUGUACUUGCAACCGUUUUCCCAUCUUGCGACUUGCGUGUGCCAAGGUUCAACUGUACAAGACUACAAGAGGACCCAUUUAUGAGUUACAACUUACAAGUUUUAAAGCAUGCAGUGCGACUUUCUUCAAACCUUUCAUGCUCAAUGGGUUGUCCUGUUUCUGGAAGGAUUAUUUUUGUUCAUCCUUUAGUUGAUCAACCAUUAAGGAGUAUCUUAAACAGAAACGAGAAUUUACCUAACAAAAAAGACUGUGACUUCUCAUCAUGCAGCUGCAAGGAAUUAUACAUAUCACCUGUGUCAAUGAAGGAAACUUUGAUGGGGAAGAGAACCAUUACCUCUCAAAUAGAAUCAGCAGUCCGACCAUGUGAGUCAUCAAGUGCAUCAAGUUAUCAAGAAUCAUUCCCAGAUUCAUCUGAUCUGUAUGGUACAUGUAGCAACAUAACUUUUUUUAAGGAAGUUUUAGAGGAUGAGAGCUCAAGAAAACUUGUACAAACAUGCAUUGGAUAUUCUUUAUAUUCUCGAAGUUUACUUACGGGAAACAUUGUGAUAGUACCUGUACUUUCCAGAGUCUGUGCAUUUGUUGUUACACAUGCUAGAAAAGUCUCUACAAAAGGGAAUCAUUGUGCAAAGGACAAAAGUGACCAGAAACCUUAUCCACAUUCAACAGAUUUGGAGGUCCAUAGUAAUGUUUCGUUUUUGAUUGAUCAAGAAACUAAAGUUUGUGUACAUCUCCCACAAAAAGUUGAGGAGGGUUCUUCAAAAGGAGGAGAUGUGUUGACAGAACAUGAGUGUGAUGAAAAGAAUAACAUUGGGCUUGAUGUUUCUAUGUUGGGUGGCCUAAUGAAGGAAACUACAGAGCUAAAAGAGAUAAUUAUAUCAUCAGCAGUGAAACACAUUGUGGCUAGCAUGGGUUUACGACCUACAAAAGGAGUGCUUCUUCAUGGACCACCUGGAACAGGAAAGACUUCUUUGGCUCGAUUGUGUGCGCAUUCCACUCGUGUUAACUUAUUCUCAGUGAAUGGGCCUGAAAUCAUUAGUCAAUAUCAUGGGCAGAGUGAACGAGCAUUGCAUGAAAUUUUUGAUUCAGCUGCCCAGGCUCCACCUGCUGUGGUGUUCAUUGAUGAGGUGGAUGCAAUUGCACCUAAGCGUGCUGAUGGGAGUGACGAACUUUCUCAAAGAAUGGUUGCAACACUGUUGAACUUGAUGGAUGGAAUAAGCAGAACUGAUGGGCUGCUUGUUAUUGCAGCAACCAACAGACCCGACAGCAUUGAGCCUGCACUUAGACGACCAGGAAGAUUUGACCGAGAAAUUGAAAUAGGUGUACCAUCUCCUAGGCAGCGUUAUGAAAUACUAAUGGCACUUCUCGAUAAGAUGGAUCACUCCCUUUUGGAAAAGGAUAUUCAACAUCUUGCAACGGCUACUCAUGGGUUUGUUGGUGCUGAUCUAGCAGCUCUCUGCAAUGAAGCUGCUCUGGUUUCUCUCAGGAGGCAUGUAAACUUUAAAAUUUCAUACGGCGAUUCAAAUGCCAAACCAUCAACUCAUCUUCGGAAUGGUUGCUAUAAUAGACAUAUGGAAGAUUCCCUUUGUUUAGAAGAAAGUGAACUCUCUAAAGUCAAUAUGGAGGGAUCAUCAGCAAUAACUGAAGCAUGCAUUUUGUCAGACAUUCUGAAAGGGGAGAAUGUAAAUGGAAUGUCUGCUGCAGAUGAAAGAAUUCUAACGGUAACAGUGGAUGACUUUGAAAGUGCAAGAUUUAAAGUAAGGCCAAGCGCCAUGCGAGAGGUAAUAAUAGAGGUUCCUAAGGUCAACUGGGAAGAUGUUGGUGGGCAGAAGGAGGUAAAGAUGCAACUGAUGGAAGCUGUUGAGUGGCCCCAAAAGCACCAGGAAGCGUUUAAACGGAUAGGGACCCGCCCCCCAACUGGGGUUUUGAUGUUUGGUCCUCCUGGGUGUAGCAAAACUCUUUUGGCUCGUGCUGUUGCUUCUGAGGCUGGGUUAAACUUUCUUGCUGUGAAGGGACCUGAACUUUUCAGCAAAUGGGUAGGUGAAUCAGAAAAGGCUGUUAGAGCCCUGUUUGCCAAAGCAAGGGCAAAUGCCCCCUCUAUUAUAUUUUUUGAUGAAAUUGAUGGUCUUGCUGUUGUCCGUGGGAAAGAGAGUGAUGGGGUCUCUGUUGCGGAUCGGGUGAUGAGCCAACUUCUUGUUGAAUUGGAUGGUUUGCAUCAAAGAGUUAAUGUAACUGUCCUUGCUGCUACAAAUCGUCCAGACAAGAUAGAUCCUGCCCUUUUAAGACCAGGUCGUUUCGAUCGACUCCUAUAUGUGGGGCCACCUGAUGAAAAUGACCGUGAGGAUAUAUUCAGGAUUCAUCUGCGCAAGAUUCCAUGUGGUUCUGAUGUAUGCAUAAAAGAGCUUGCUAGGCUCACCGAUGGAUGUACAGGUGCUGAUAUAUCCCUUAUUUGCCGUGAAGCAGCCAUUGCUGCCAUUGAAGAGAACCUUGGAGCCUCAGAAAUAACAAUGAACCACUUGAAGGCUGGCAUUCAGAGAGUGCAACCAUCUGAAGUUCUGUCAUAUAAGGAGUUAUCAACUAAGUUUCAGAGACUUGUUAUCUCCUCCACUCAAGUAGAUGAUUUGGGCUCUCCACCAUACUUAAACAGAACAAGUCAAACACAUAUUUGGGGUCUCUUAAGAUCGGCUGCUUCCUUUAUUUAUCGGCUUCCAUCUAUCUUACGGUCAUCUGUGAGACUGUGAGCAACCAGGCAGUAGGGUUGAGUGGUGGGUUCUCUUCCCUUUGUUCGUGUUAUCAUCUUAACAGCACCUGCUUAUUCUUGAGAAAGUUUAAGACCGAGGAUCUUAUGGUUUGUGAGGGGACAGUGAUUUCUCCAUGCCAGAUAUCAUGUUUUCGGCCUUCCCUCAACUGAGAUAAAUUGGUUCAGACAUUGGUCAUACUCGAGGGGUUUCGCCAGAUAUCAACUACUGAACUACAUAGAUUGCCAGAUAUUUUAUGUUCUGUUUUGCUCAUAAUUGCAAUUUGUAAGUUGGAGUGAAUGAUUCAUUGCGUAUAUUUGUAUUUUUUUGUUAUUUUGCAGAACUUUUAUGUUACCCAUUCGGAGAAAAGAAAAUGCACAAAAGUAUUUGUUUUCCAAAGGAUGAAACACAGCAAACAGUACGG